UAUUUUAUUUAUAUUACCGAGUUAUGUGUGCGACUUGGUCAUGUUUUCAGCUCGAAGAACUUUAUUAUGCAUUUUACGUGUAUAAAAUUUUGAAUAGUGUCCUUACAAAAGCAGUGGAGUGCUUAGAGACAAUCUUUAUUUACUGCCUCUGCGCAGUUGCUUUAUCGUGAACUAUCUUGACAAGAAGAUAAGGAAAACGUCACGUCCGGUAUGACGGCUACAAUCCGGAAGUGAUCGUUUGCGAGUCGUUUUCGUGUUUUCAAAAAUUGUCGCCACAAACGUGUCUCUCUGAGGCUUUUUUGAUGUCGUAUCACUGCAGACAUGCCGCGGUACUGCGCUGUGAAAGUUUGCAGAAACCGAGGGGGUAGUGCAUCGAGACAAGACAACAAGAGAAUUAGCUUCUACCCUUUUCCCCUGCAAGACAAGCCCAGGCUGAAGAAAUGGGUGGACAACAUGAAGAGGGAGGAGUGGACCCCAAGUCGACAUCAGUAUCUGUGCAGCGAGCAUUUUACAGAGGACUGCUUCGAUAUUCGAUGGGGCAUCCGCUACCUGAAGAACACGGCCAUCCCCACAGUUUUUCCUUCAGCUUAUGAUGGUGAGAAAAAAGUAGCCAGCAUUAAAAGAAGCCCCAAAUCCAAAGCCAGCACUUCAGACAAUGAGUUCAAAGGUUCUGACUCUCCUCUCAGUAAGAGGCCUCUCAUUUUGAGCAGAGCAUGCAGAAAGCUCCAGUCAGGUACAGCAAACGAUAACGUUGCAGAGCACACAGCGAUUGUAUUUGAACUACCCCUGCUGUCGGACACUGGUACUUCUUGCCAUUCAGAUAUCUCAGAGAAACAAACAGUUGCAUGUGAUAAAACAGCCGACAGUGGAAUGCCAACAGCGUCCCGCCUUGGACUGUCGCCGUACGAUGAACCUGAUUCCGAAGAGCGGGCUGACUCGACUGUGACAGUGUUGUGCUGUGAGCCUUUUCCCCAUGUGGACUCAAAUGCGGACGUAGCCGCCCUGAGAGCGGUGCUGGGCCAGGCCGUCAGCUUCGUGCCAGUGGAAAUGGUCAAAGACGAACCCGCGGGCUGUUUUUUGGAGGAGGGCGAUGGAGAGCACAUUUCUCUAUACGAGCACUCGUACUGCAGGCCGGACACAGACAAAGAUCAGCUCUGGAGCAAGAUCUUGAGUUUGCAUGCAAAGAUCUUGGAGCUGGAUCGCAGGGAGGAGAGCACGGUGGCUAAAAUCCGUGCUCUGGAGAGUGAAAUUGCCCACCUGAAGAGGGACAGUCAGGUUUUUAAAGAGAAGCAGAAAGUUUUAGAAGACUAUAUAUCAUCUGUGUUGCUCUGAUUUUUUCAACUCUAAGGUGAGACUUUGUAUGUGGAAUGUAUUUUUUUUUUUUUUUUUUUUUUAAGCAUUCAGACACUUUUGCAGUGAUGUUGCACAGCAGCACAUAUUGUGCAUUAUUUUACAAAACUCCAUUGGUACACAGUAAUUUUUACAUUUAAAAUCUCAUCUUUCCAGAUGACAGCUGUAAAUCUAAUUUACUUCUUCAUGUCAACAGGAUGCCACUAAAUGACCGUAAUGGCUCACUUUGAGUGACGGGUCUCCUUUUUACAUUUCAAAGCACAAGUACAGGACGAAAUAAGUAAGUUUGGGGAGAAAAAAAGUUCCAAUAUCAUACAUAAAUGAAAUGGGGAAAAAAUAAUAAAUAUGGAAAAUAAUGCAAAUAUAGUAGAAAUGUUUAUGUAACAUUUGAUAAAUUCAUUACAUUUAGUGGAUUUAAUGACCUUAUAUGUAAAUGUAUUUUUAUUUUUGAUUUUAGCCAUUUCUAUCCACCAUAUACUGCUCUAUGUUAGAUGUUUAUUUUUAACAUUUUGUUAUCCUGGGACAGUUUUAGUCCCACAAACUUGUGCAGUAACGUAUGUGCAACAUUUUCAUUGUGUCACGUGAUUAACACUUCUUGUGACUAACAAAGGAAAACACUUCUAAUAACAAGAUACAAGGCUACUAUGUUGCUGAAGUGUUGUCAAAAGUCAUUCACCAGCAAGACACAAUUUUGGUUGCGGUAACUAUUUUCCGAAGAACUAAAACUAUGCGAUGUGCUGUAAAAACAAAACAAAAAAAAGGCAAGCAGAAGAAAAAAAGCUGAUUCAAGGUGCCCAAAAAAGCAGCUACCGAGAUUGAAGUUGCGUAAUGGAAAUGUCAGAAAUCAGAAAUGUUCAUUGCUCCAACCUCCACAGUUCCUUGUACUUUUUUUUGCAGAGUUUAAUUUAGGCCGUUGUUCCUGCGAUGGAUACACAAUGACUACAUUCUAUCAGCGGUGUAAAUGUGGCGCAGCAUUUAUAAUACCGUACCAUUUUGUUUCUGUGCUCUCAUCUUCACUGAAAUAAAUCACUCAAGGCUUUGAAGCAGAACCGGUUA